CCUUCGCCGCCGUCAUUUGCGUCUUUAGCUCUCUGUCACGACGCUGAUAACAUACCUACCCCGGCCGACCAUCCAGUCUUUACAACAACACAAUGGCCACCAUGUUCCGCGACUUCUCCUUCGACCCGGCACCGUCACCUGACUACUCCGCCUACGAAGCUGAGCGGGCAGCUAUGAACGUCUCGCCCACGUCACAGGCGAUAGACCCGCAUUACACGCCAAAUCGCCCUCCUACUCCACCAUGCACUAUGGGCGACCUCGCCGUGCAACUCAAUCAGCAAAGCCUUCGCAUCGACACCACUGUCCGCUGCUAUCCUGCUGGCCCUCUCACACCGGGAAGCGAUGAUGACGAAUGCGCGCCUUCCACAAAACAAGAACAGCAGGCGCGACCCACCUACUCGCGCAUCGCAGCCUCCGUCCUCAGAAUGCAACGCCAACAGAGCUCGCGCCUGCAGUGCAGCUCAUCACACGCCCGCGACCUCUCCAAGCUGGUCAAGAUGAUCGAGGAGGAGAAGCAGUGCACCGUCAGCGAGUCCUCGUCGCGAACAUCCUCCACAUCCUCGACAUCUACAUGCGCAUCUGGCAGCUCUGGAGAUGACGAGGGCGUCGACAUGGACUACGAUGUUCCUGCCUCAGGCAUCGAGACACUUGCCAGCAUGCCAGUGUGGAAAGCACACGAAAGGCGCGAGAGCUGCGUCCGCGUCACCCGACCUGUGCGCAUGCGCAAGCGGUCCAAGGGCAACGGCGUAUCGAAGAGGCGGUCAUCAUAGUACUAUCAGUCGAAAUUUGGUUACAUGCAUAGCGAAAGGCGUUUGGGAUGUCACUACGGGCGCAUUAUACCACUUGAUCUUGCUGGAAACAAGGCAACAUUGGACAGGGCCUGGAGAUGUAUUAUUAUAUUACCAUCGGGUGGAAGAGCUCCCUUAGGGUUGAGCCUGGCGUUAUCGGGUGCGACAAGCUGAGCGCUGUCGUUACACCCACCUAACUAUAUAAUCACAACCAUCAUCAACAUGCAACAC